AUGCGUUAUGCUCUCGAUGUUCUUGACAAAUAUGGGGACAAUGCCUGGCUCGGAGACCUCGGAGGAGAGCGCCCAAUUGAGAAUGGCUCUAUUCAUGGCGAAUGGCCAGUUGCUUACCAUGGAACGACGGAUCCACGUGCUGCAUCAAUUGUUACUAGUGGUGGACUUGAUUUGAAAAAAGGCCAUCGUUUCUUGUAUGGACACGGUAUCUACUGCACACCUGACCCAAAGACUGCACUCGCUUAUGCAUCUCCCUACAAACACAAUGGCAAAUGGUACAAGUUGAUCCUUCAGUCUCGUGUCGAUCCAUCUCGUCGUGAAAUUGUGCCCAAGUCUCAACACGGUUGUACCGGCCUUGAUGAUUACUGGAUUAUCAAGAAAAAUGAUGCCAUUCGUCCAUAUGGAAUCUGUGUCUUUCCGUGUGAAGUAGAAACUCCUUUU